CACUGAGUGUCAUAUUAUCAUUAUCAGAAGCGACCAUCUAUGGCUGCUGGGGUCAUGUGCUGCGAGGCUUUAAAGCGGCAGCAACCAUCCUGCCGGCUCACUUUUUCCCCGCUCAAGUCAUCUGCACCGCUCGUCGCUCCAUCAGCGUACAAGAUGAACGGCUACAAGAACCUGGCGGACAACGGCAAUGGCACCCUCAGCUCCGACUCGUUCCUCUUCACCUCCGAAUCCGUCGGCGAGGGACACCCAGACAAAAUGUGCGACCAGAUCAGCGAUGCCGUGCUUGACGCUCAUCUGAAACAGGAUCCCAACGCCAAAGUGGCAUGUGAGACUGUUACAAAAACUGGCAUGAUUCUGAUAUGCGGCGAGAUCACAUCAAAGGCCAACGUGGACUACCAAAAGGUCGUCAGAGAAACAGUCAAACACAUCGGUUAUGAUGAUUCGUCAAAGGGCUUUGACCACACGACGUGCAACCUUUUGAUCGCGAUCGAGCAGCAGUCGCCUAAUAUCGCCAAGGGCGUGCACGUCAACCGAGGCGAAUUGGACAUUGGUGCCGGCGACCAGGGUAUUAUGUUUGGCUACGCGACUGACGAGACAGAGGAGUGCAUGCCUCUGACGAUCGUGCUGGCCCACAGACUCAACCAGAAGCUGGCCGACCUGCGCAGAGCCGGCAUCCUUUGGUGGGCCCGGCCAGACUCAAAGUCUCAGGUGACCUGCGAUUACAAGUUCGUCAACGGCGCCUGCGUGCCCCAGCGGGUGCACACGGUGGUCGUCUCCAUCCAGCACAGCGACAAAAUCAGUCUUGAACAACUCAGGGAUGAGGUCGAAAACAAGGUCAUCCGCACGGUUAUCCCUGCGAGGUACAUCGAUGACGAGACUGUCAUCCAUAUCAACCCGUGCGGAGAGUUUAUUGUUGGCGGACCUCAGGGUGACGCUGGCCUGACAGGCAGGAAAAUCAUUGUGGACACUUAUGGCGGGUGGGGUGCUCACGGUGGAGGAGCCUUUUCGGGAAAAGACUUUACAAAGGUGGACCGGUCGGCUGCGUACGCGGCCAGAUGGGUGGCCAAGUCCUUGGUGAAGGCCAAGCUCUGCAAGAGGUGCCUGGUCCAGGUUUCAUACGCCAUUGGUGUGGCCGAGCCGCUGUCCAUCACAGUUUUCGACUACGGCACUUCUGAGCGCACUCCUGAUGAACUCUUGGCCAUCGUCAAGAAGAACUUUGACCUGCGACCGGGGAAAAUUGUCAAGGAACUGAACCUAAGAAAUCCAGUGUACCAGCAGACAAGCUCGUACGGCCACUUUGGCAGAGACAUCUUCACGUGGGAGCAGCCCAAGAAACUGAAUUUGUGAACAGCUCAUCAAUGACAUACACUGCAGUGAUUUUUUGAAUGUUUUUAUUCAUUUAACCGUCGAGUUUUUUAAGGAAAUAUAUAAAAUAUCAAACUUGG